GCUUUUUGUUAGCGAUCUUGCUGGGCUGAAAACAAUCCAGACAUGGUUUUUAUACUUUUAAAGCCUUGAAUUAUCCCUCUAAGACUCCUCAUAUAGUUGUAAGAAUGGCGAAAGCAAUCUCAGAAGAGAGACAACUUAACGUCGAGAAUGCAAUGAAGAUAGUCCACAAAAAGAAGAGCUCUAAAACACCGUAUUGGUACAAACUCAAUGAGCUUGUUGAAAAGAUCAAGGAUUAUAACCGAGGACCAGGUAUUGACGCUAAAGUUGAAUUCUCGAGCCACAGGAGAAGACCAAUCAUGAAGAAAAGUUCUAAAUAAGCUUUCCAGAACAAGGCUCAAUAGCACCAAUUCAGGCUUGAAGAAUAAGAAGCGGGCUCUGGCCAAGAUCAGAGCCACUAAUUUACUAGUAACUGGACAGAAAUAGACCCUCUAUUUCAGCCAGUAUUUGAAGCUCGAGAAGAAGCUCAGUAGUUCCAAAAGAUAUUUUCCUAAAGAAAAAUGAUGAUUUUGUAAUGGAAGGAAUAAUACAAGUGGAUGAGAGAUUGGAGCAGUCCCCUCCGAAGCCGAAGAGGUCCUUUAAGCACUCCUGGAUUAAGAAGAACUACCAAUCAAUUAAGAUGAUCAGUGAGAUGAACCACACAUCAUCAAAUUUUUCUUCAGGGAAAUCUCACAGGAAAUACAACUUCACAAGUGCAAGGAUGACUACUAAUAAUUCUAAUGUCCAGGAAGAGCUAAACCAUACUCAUAAGCUAAGUUUUGACAGGGAUCGACUUGAGAGACUUGCCCUCCCCAGGGAGAUAUCUCAGGCUAGGAAGAAGAGAGGCCACCGUUUGAGAAUCUCUCAGAAGUUGCCUUUGUUCAUUAAGACUCUGAACACGAGUACUGAGAAGGACACUUAUAAUCAUCUGCAUCAAGCUUUUAUUUAUGGCGUUAAAUUAGAUCAAAUUCCAUUAUUGAAGAAGAAGCUUGAUGGCCUGAAGGAUACCAUCAAGGACAGCAGAGCUAAGUCCAAGAAUUUCCGGAAGACGAUGAAGUACUUCAGGAUUAUGAGUAAGGUCAACAAGUCACAGGUAAACCCCUUCAGUGGCGCUGGGCUUAAGCCUUCCUAA